AUGAUCUUCGCAGCCCGCCAUCUUCAGGAGAAGUGUCAGGAGAUGCGGACCCACCUGUACUCUACCUUCGUGGACCUGACGAAAGCCUUCGACACGGUGAAUCGUGAAGGAUUGUGGAAGAUCAUGCAGAAAUUCGGCUGUCCGCAGCGAUUCACUCAGAUGGUGCGUCAGCCGCACGACGGUAUGAUGGCGCGAGUCACGGACAACGGAGCUGUCUCAGAGGCAUUCGCAGUGACCAACGGAGUGAAGCAGGGCUGUGUGUUGGCGCCUACCCUCUUCAGUCUUAUGUUCUCUGCCAUGCUGAUGGACGCCUACCGCGACGAACUCCCUGGAAUCCGCAUCGCCUAUAGAACGGACGGUCAUCUCCUGAAUCAACGGCGCAUGAACUUCCAAUCGCGUGUAUCCACAGCCACCGUGCACGAACUCAUCUUCGCCGAUGACUGCGCCCUGAACACCACCUCGGAAGAGGAGAUGCAACGGAGCAUGGACCUAUUCUCCGCCGCCUGCGAGAACUUCGGUCUUGUCAUUAGCACGCAGAAGACGGUGGUGAUGCACCAACCGCCGCCCAACUCAGCCACAGCCCCCAACGCGCCGCCGCAAAUCAGCGUGAACGGAACCCAACUGCAAGAGGUGGAGAACUUCCCGUAUCUGGGCAGUACCCUCUCCCGCAACACCAAGAUUGAUGACGAAGUCGCCAACAGGAUUUCGAAAGCCAGUCAAGCCUUCGGACGCCUCCAAAGCACAGUUUGGAAUCGCCACGGUCUCCAACUGAGCACAAAGCUGAAGAUGUACAAGGCCGUCAUCCUGCUGACGUUACUGUACGGAGCAGAGACAUGGACGGUGUACACGAGACAGGCACGCCGACUGAACCACUUUCACCUCAGUUGUCUCCGUCGCAUCCUGAGGCUGAACUGGCAGGAUCGAAUCCCCGACACGGAAGUACUGGAACGAACGGGAAUCCUCAGCAUCUACGCCAUACUGCGACAAAUGCAGCUGCGCUGGAGCGGCCACCUGGUGCGCAUGGACGACGAGCGACUACCCAAACGACUCUUCUACGGAGACGUCGCGACGGGUUCUCGUCGUCAAGGAGGCCAAAUUCGCCGUUACAAGGAUACUCUGAAGUCCUCCCUGAAGCGCCUGCAAAUCAACCCGACCAAAUGGGAAGAGCUCGCCCGCGAUCGUCCGACAUGAAGGAUAACAGUGAAGACGGGCGCUGCUAUCUACGAAUCCAACCGCAUCGCCGCCACCAAAGCCAAACGUGAAGCCAGCAAAUCACAACUUCGCCCAACACGCAACGCCGCCGCACAACCGCUCCCUACGUGUCCUCGAUGUCAACGGACAUUCCGAGCACGAAUCGGACUUGUUGGACACCUUCGAACCAACUGCACCUCUCGAACUGCUCCAGCCAUCGUCCCCCAGCCCGCCGUUUCCUCGUCCUCUCUGCCGCCAAAUAACUCUGACACUCCUUCUGCACCACCACGUCCAUCCUCCUCCUUCUCCUCCACUGCCCCAGCGGUGGCCGUUCAGGCUGCCGUCUCACACAUCGCCAACCACGACACAACAACCGCAACCACCCCCACCCCUCCCGAUUCCAGUGAUGAGGAUCAGGACUACACCUGCCCUCACUGCGACCGCACCUUCACCUCACGCAUCGGCCUGGUCGGUCACUUGCGAAUCCAUCGCACAGAGACUGGCGAACCAGUGCCUGGAGCACCAACCUACACCCGCCGCACUCGCCUCCACUGCCCACACUGCCCUCGCACCUUCACGCAUCGCAUGGGUCUAUUCGGCUACAUGCGCAUCCACGACGACCUGCGGUAG